CUGGAAACCCUCAGACUCACUCACACACGUCACUCCUCCACCUCAGGCAUAGGUCCAUUUGGAUUCUUCUAGGUCACAUGGUCCAACCAUAGCCCGCUUAAACACAGUGUGUGGUUUGGAUGACUCCAGGCCGAAUCCUGUUUUUCCUUAGGAGCUGUGGGCGUCUGUGCCAGCCUGUCUUUGGCAAGUGUGGAGCAAUGGAGCGAAGGCUGGAUGAACAGAGAGAAUGCCCCAGCCUCACAGCAGCCCCCAGAUGCUGAUGGAGACUUGUGUGGACCCCAGGGCCUGGCACAGGUCUGACAGCUCUCCUGAAGAUGGACCGGCACAACAUGUCCUGGGUCCGCUACCCUAGCCAUGUGUCCCCAGCUGUGGAGGAUGUCAUUGCAGCACAGAGCAUCAUUUCUAGGUGCAUGCAUGUGUAUGUAGCAGUGUGUGUCCCAUUGAGCCUAGUGACGGGGCUCUUCAGUCUGAGCGUGUUCAUCCGGGACCGUGCUAGGCUGGAGGUGCUGGACAGGCUCCUUGCAGGCCUCACAGUCACUAGCAUCUUGGUGACUCUACUGUCCCUCAAUGCUGCUGGCCGGCCUGACUACAUGUCCACGACAAACCUGGGCUGUGGGGCCCUCUCAUUCUUCUCCAAUGUCUGCUACUUUACUGCCCAAUACCUGCAAGGGGCCAUGCUUGUCCUGUCUCUUCUGCCAGGAUCUUCGGGCUGCCAGCUCUUGGUGAGACCUGUGGCAAGUCUAGCUGCCACCGGGGGCUGUGCUGUGUGCAGCUCGCUCAUCGUGGUGUCCCUGCUGGGCACAUCUGGGGAAUUACAUGCAAUCACCAUGUGCCAGGUAGAUCCACUGGUUGCAUGGCCCGAAUACGAGAUUGUCAAGUUCAGCCUGGGCUUUGCACUUGCCUCAAGCUUCCAGAUGGUUCUCUUCCUCCUGCACACUACACAGCCAGCCUGGCGGGUGGCUCCUGCUCCAAGAGACACAGCCUCUGGGCGCUGGGUGGUACUAGCCGUGACUCUCAACAUGUUCGCCUGUAGACUCUUCUUCAACGCGGUCCUCCUGCAUCGGGCCCAGCUGAAACUUCAGAAGGAUUUGGGAUCCCCCUGGGAUGAGCUGCUCAUGAACCUUGCAGAGCUAGCCCUGUCUGGAGAGAGCUGCAUCAACUUGGUAGCCACUCUCCUCCUCCACACACGGUGUAGGCUUGCGUUGCUGAGCCUCCUUGAGCACCUCACACAGAGAUGCAGGCGGGGACCAGACAACAGCAUGCCCUUGAGUAGGGUAGGGGGCUAGACAGAGCCUGCCUGCUGGCACAAGCCACACCCCUUCCUGUUCAGGGAAGAGUGACUUUCCCGGGAGCUUGGGGAGGCAGGGUUCAUGUGUUAUGGAUGUUGUUUAACAAACACAAGCUUGCCAGUCGCUGGUGGCUCAUGCCUUUAAUCCCAGCACUAGGGAGGCAGAGGCAGGCGGAUCUCUGUGAGUUCGAGGCCAGCCUGGUCUACAGAGCCAGUUCCAGGACAACCUCCAAAGCAAUACAGAGAAACCCUCUCAAAAAAAAAAAAAAAAAAAAAAAAAAAAAAAAUACAAGCUUGCUCCCAGAUCAAUAGCCUCACCUUGAGGAACAUUCAGGUCAAGGACACAAUGGCAUGGGUACAGAGGCUGACCAGAGACCACGGGUCUGCUGGAGGGUGUCUUGACUAUAGACUACCAUGCCUGCUAGUGGUCACCCUCCAUUCCACAGCCCAGUCUGAUGGCACAGGAAGGGCAUCGAGGAAAUAAACAUAGCACUCAUCUGGCUUUAUUUUAUUUUUUUAAAUUAUUUUUAUCUUAUGUGCAUUGGUGUUUUGCUUGCAUGUGUGUCUGUGUGAGGGUGACAGAUCUCCUGUCACUAGAUUUACAGACAGUUGUGAGCUACCAUGUGGUUGCUGGGAAUUGAACUCAGGACCUCUGGAAGAGCAGCCAGUGCUCUUAACAACUGAGCCAUAUCUCCAGCCCAGCUUAUUUGUUUCUCGAGAUAGGAUGUCACUACAAGCAGCCUAGGCUGGACUUGACUCCUGAAUGCUGGGACUACAGAUGCGUCACCACGCCUGGGUACUUAUUUGCCGUAUAGCGACAUUACAUUCUGCUUCUAUGCAGUCGUUGCCACAGCUUUCAACUGUCAGAGAACAUGGGCAACAGAAUUCCUGCCAAAAAUCUCCUUUACAUUUACCUUGUAAGAAUCAGUCAUCACUGGGGCUAGAGAGAUGGCUGAGCAGUCAGAGUGUUUUGCAGAGGACCUGUGUCAGUUCCCAGGAGCCACAUCUGGUGGCUCACAGGUGCCUGCCUGCACUCCAACUCCAGGAGGCUCCAAUGCCGUCUUCCAUGGACACCUGAACUUAUAUGCAUACUCCUCCUGCC